AUGGCCGAGGGGGAUAAGGUCAUGAUUGGUGAGAGUCCUGUCGCCCCUGGUGUACCGGUCAUAUACAGGUCACAGGAGGAAAGAUCGGCAAACCCAGACAGAUUGAACCUUGAUAGGAGGAGGCUUACAGUGUGCCCAAUUCUAGAAGGAGAGGAGCAUCUCAGGUUACUCAACUUUCAGCACAACAGUAUCCGCAAAAUAGAGCACCUCACCAGUUUGAGGAGACUGAUAUUCCUGGACCUGUAUGACAACCAGCUGGAGGAUAUAACUGGACUAGGUGCUCUAAAAUCACUUAGAGUACUAAUGCUGGGUAAAAACAGAAUCAAGAAGAUUGGGAACCUGAAUGCUCUGACCAAGCUUGAUGUCUUAGAUCUCCAUGGAAACCAGAUUGAUAGGAUUGAGAACCUGUGUCAUCUGGAGGAGUUGCGAGUGCUAAAUUUGGCUGGUAAUAGUAUCACACACGUCAAUGGAUUGGCUGGCAUGGAGGCUGUGACGGAACUUAAUCUCAGACGCAAUAAGAUUAUUACUGUGUCAGAUGUGGAUAAUCUACCAAGUUUACAGAGGUUAUUUCUGAGUUUUAACUGUAUCACAAGUUAUGAAGAUAUCUCCUGCAUUGCUGAUGCACAGUCCCUGUCUGAGAUCUCCCUUGAUGGCAACCCGCUUGCUCAAGACGUCAACUACAAGUCUAUAAUUCUCAAGAAUAUUCAUCAAAUUAGACAGCUUGACAUGAAGAGAGUGACGGAGGAAGAGCGGCGGCUUUCAAGUACAGUAGCCAAACGGGAGGAAGAGAAGAAGAGAGAGACAAACAAGCUGGUGGUCCUCAAGGAGAAGCGUAGGAUUGCAAUCAACAAUGCAGCCCGGCAAUGGGAAGCAUCGAAAAGUACUGCCAUGGCUAAAACGAUUCACCUCCAGCCAGGCUUCCAUUCCAUGGCCAGGGAGGAGAGGUUAUCAUCACCAGAUAACAUGUACAGCAGGCCUUGGUCUGGAGAUAUGGAAACGUACCAGAGCCAAUCCAUGGAUCUGCCUGAUGAUAAGAGUGGGGAGUUAUCCCGUGCCUCUAUGCAUUCAGAGACAAGGACAUGCAGCAAGGCACCCACGCCUGACCUACUGGCAAACAUAUCUUCUGAGGCCUGUCAUCUUGCAGAACUAGACGGAGAUACUCUAUACCUUUAUGGUCCUGGCUCCAUGGAAGCUCUGGACAAGAGCUGGGGGAUACAGGCUGCAGGAUCUAUCACAACCAUCUCCUUCAAAUUUAUUGACUUUGACGAGAUAACCAAGCAUCUACACAAGAUUAGGAUCAGAUUCCCAAAUGUGUCCACUGUCCUAUUUGGUGAAUGCAACCUAAGCAGCCUUCAACAACUGAAUGCACUGACUUCAGUUCGCCAUCUAGACAGCAUCAACAUUGCUACUGAGGGCAAUCCAAUCACUGCUUUCUCCCUAUGGAAGCCCUACCUUCUCUUCAGACUGUCUCAUCUUGAUAUUAAGAAGAUUAACAACGAGGAGGUAUGA